AUGUCGUUGAUUGCCUCUGGUGGUGGUUUAUUUUUAAAUAUGAAUUCUUCUGUGCCUCAACCAACAAAUGUCACAACGUCUUCAUCCAAUGAUAUAUCUCUUCCAAUCAAUGAUACAAACGAUCCACGAGCAAUACUUGACGCAUUAAUUCGUUUUAUACUGCGUACAUUUUAUGAAGUUCUAAAAUCUCUUGUUAUUGAAUGUAUUUAUCAUUAUGAACGAAUAGAACAACAAGAUUUAGCUGAUCUUCUAUGUUUAGAUUCUAAAUUAGUUAGUUCAUUUAUUCUCGAAUUAAAACGUGAUAAAUUUAUUAUAUAA